UGUGACAGCGCAGAGCUAAUGCGGAUAUCCUGAAAUCUUUUCCAGUGUAAUAGUUCAUGUUUCGCUUGUUGACUUAUCACUGCACUGACGGUCGUGGUUGCCCAGACAGUCAUACAGACGUAGAACAGUGUUAGUGUUUGUUCUGCAGGAAUGUCGUCCAGUGCAGAAGUCGUGUUUAGGGCCUUAGAGACUCCGCUGCUCUGCCUCGGUGCUGUCACCGCGGCCUGGAUCUCUCUGUGCUCCGUCUAUCGGCUUCUGUCCAGCUUCAGAGUCUGGGUCCUGGGAAACGGGCAGGUCGUAUCUCCUACUAAACUUGGCAAAUGGGCAGUUGUCACUGGAGCCACGGAUGGAAUUGGGAAAGCAUACGCAGAAGAGCUUGCCCGCCGAGGCUUUGCUAUCGUGCUGAUCAGCCGCUCUCAGGAGAAGCUGGAUGACGUUUCCAAAGCAAUUGAAAGCAAAUGUGGUGUGGAGACCAAAACCAUAGCAGUGGACUUUAGUGCUGUCGAUAUUUACACCAAGAUAGAAGAAGGACUUGCAGGGGUGGAAAUUGGCGUACUGGUUAACAACGUUGGAAUAUCCUAUUCGUACCCAGAGUUUUUCCUGAAUGUCCCAAAUAUUGACACGUUCAUUGACACAAUGGUUAAUAUCAACAUAACAUCUGUGUGUCAGAUGACGCGUCUGGUUUUACCUCAAAUGGUUGAGAGGAAAAAGGGGGUCGUCCUCAAUAUCUCAUCUGCCAGUGGGAUGUACCCCGUUCCCCUUCUUACCGUCUAUUCUGCUUCCAAGGCAUUUGUGGACUUCUUUUCAAGGGGACUACAGGCUGAAUACAAGAGCAAAGGCAUCAUCAUACAGAGUGUUUUGCCAUUUUUUGUUGCCACCAAACUGAGUAAAAUCCACCGUGCUACACUGGACAAGCCCAGCCCUGAGCGAUAUGUUGCGGCUGAACUCAACACUGUGGGGCUGCAGACUCAGACCAAUGGCUACCUGCCCCAUGCAAUAAUGGGUUGGGCGACUACUGCUCUGCUUCCUGCCAAGAUCGUCACCAGCCAAAUGAUGGGAAUGAUGUUGGCGCAACGUGCUCGUUACCUGAAGAAGCAGAAGCAGGGGUAGCGUGAGAGAAAGCGGCAGUGACCAGGGGAGAGAACCAGGAGUUGACUCCUCAUCCGAUUACCAAACCACCAUUAUCAUGGACCAAUUAAAAGAAAUGUGACCAUUCGAUUCUGCCGCUCACGUUUUUCUUUUUUUUUUUAUAUAUAUAUAUGUGGUCAAUAAUAACAACCUAAAACUUCUGCACUACAGUUUGCUGUGUGACCAGCUUUAAUGUACAGGAUGGCAAAACUGUAACUUAAACCAAUGAUCACAUACAAUGAUGUCUGUCAACAUUGUAUGUGAACAUUGAGUUGACAGGAAAAGGUAAUUUGGAAAGACUGCAUUGUCUUUGUCUGGGGUUGACAGUUCAUCAGCACUGGCUUUAGACAUAGAUUAACUUUGUAUUUGGAUCACAUGUAUUAGUAAGAGCCUACAACGUACAAACUAAAAUGAGUUUGUUUUUAAGUGAUAGGUACUGUAAAUGGCUACGUUUUCUUCUGAAAUGCUUGGACACAAAUUUAGGUGAGUGCUUGACAGAAUUCCACGUGGUGUUGGGGAAUUUUAUGCAGUGAUACUUUAGGCUUUUUAUUGGAACUAUAGCUGUGGCAGUAUCAAAAUCUUUUGAUAGUCUUUAUUUUUUUUAUCAGCAAACAGCAAAAACAUUAUCAGCGUGUGUUAUUGUGUGUUUUAAUUAAUCCUUCGAAUCUGUUUUUUCUGUUUUCACUGUUGUGUCACAGUUUAGGGUCCACAUGGACAAUAAGACAUCAUCAUCUUAAAUCUCUGUUCUUAAUACGCCAGCAUGGAGGGACCUUGCUGCUUUGGUAUUAAACUGUGUUUUGUUUACAUCCAAAAUAAACAGUAAAAUUAAUUCCUGCAGAUGGCUAAACUGCAUUGGCUCUUUUCGACGUAUCCGAGCCUGUAAAAGUAGGUAGUGUGUCAAAUUCUUUAAUCUCACUGUUUUCAUCAGCUGUUGUCGCAGAUUUAGAAAAAUCUUCAACCAAAUGUGACAAUGAGACUCCAAUGAAAUACGUUUUCCACCUUCUUCUCAUUUUCUGCACUGUUUGGAUUUGUCCUCCGUCUAUUGUUAAACUGAAUAAUUACUGUUUUAAAAAAGGCGUCAAACAUUACACUUGUACUAACGGGGAAAUGGGGAGGAGCAGAAAUAGAACACCUGGAUACAACUGUGGUUGUAGUAUUUGUCCUUGGAAAACUGCACAUUAAAAAAAGAUUUUCAGAUAACAUCUAA